AUGACGCAGCUGCUCGGCUUCAGGUUCGACCCCACGGACCAAGAAAUUAUCGGCUUCUUUCUCUACAAGGUGGUGGUGGCGAACAACCCUCUGACUUUGAUGCCGCCAUACAACAAGGUUAUCUACAAGUGCAACCUCUUCGGCAACAAACGAGAACCCUCAGAAAUUUGGAGAGAUUACGGAGGGGAUCAACUUGACGAUCAAGACUUGUACUUCGUUUCCGAGCUCCAGAGAAACGGUUUGCGCACCCAACGCAAGACUGGCAGCUGCGGUACUUGGAGUGAAACCGAAACCUACCAAGAUGUUAAAGAUGAGGUGGAUGAGAUUAUAGGUAGAAAACGGAAAUUCCGGUACGAGAACGGCAAUACUUCGGAGGACCACGCCGGCUGGCUUUUGGAUGAAUAUAGCCUUUUCGAAAAGGGCUGCAAGAAUCGCACAAGUCGUAAUUGCUAUGAUUUUGACGUUGUGAUUUGUCGGCUGAGAAGGAAGUGCAAUAUGAACAAGUCCGGGAAAAAGAGGAAGUGCUCAUCUCGAGAUCAAUCAAACAAGAAGAUGAAAAGAGAUCAAUCUACGAAGGAGACGAAGACUGAAAAUUCAGUGGGGCCGCAAAUUAUGAAUGAUGAGAGCAAUCAGUUGAUGAUCAACGACAUUACCACUUGUGAUCAAGAUUAUUUGAUCGACACCAAUCAUAAAAGUUUCAACAUUGAUGAACUCUUCGUAGAACUAGACCGCGAACCGCCAUUGUUACACUCGCAGCAACUACCUCAGAUUGUUGAAAGCCAAGAAAAGCCUUUGCCAACUUCUUGCCUCUGUGUUAAUCAAUUUGAUGGAGCACUGGAAGCAGCCGCCAGCAAUCUGAGUAAUUUUGAGUAUAAUAGCGAACUAGCAAGAUCAACGUGGCAACAUAAUAUGAAUGCCGAUGAUCAUCAAGAUCCGAAUUUAAUCUUCACCGUCGAUGAAUUAUUGGCAGAAGAUGCAGAACCUUUGUCAACUUAUGCGCUUGAUGAUGUUUAUAAUGUGGUCAGCCAACCAUUAGACCAAAACAGUUGUUGGUCCAAAUCCUUUAUGGAUCAGACUUACAAUUCCUAUAUAUACUCAUCAAUAGAGGAGGAGAUCAUAGCUGACAAUUAG